AUGGAUGAGGCCGAGGCACGGCGCAUCAUGGAUGAGGCCGAGGAGGGGCUCAUCGAUGGGCACGAGGACCUCUACGUCGACAAUGAGCCGGAUGAGGUUCACGUGCGGCCCAUCCCGCAGGAGCACAAGCGCCGCCGCCGUCAUGGCAAGGAGGCGCGCAAGCGCCACAAGCAGAAGCAGAAGGCAGCAAAGCGUGCCAAGGCGAAGGCCAAGGCCAAGGCCUUGGCGAAGGCCGGCUCCGGAAGCUCCUCCGGCAGCUCCUCCAGCAGCUCCUCCAGAAGCCGUGACGAGGAGCGCUUGCGGCUUGAGCACGAGAUCCGUGGCCAGCGGGUGCGCCCCAAGCCUGUGCUUGUGUAG